AUGUGUUUAGACCGACAGAUCCGUAACCCAAAAAUUUUGUUUGUCAUUCUCAAUUGUUACUCUCAAAAUAAUUUUAUCAAGCAUUCUAAAGAAGCAUUUGCCGCAUCACUCACUCACGCGCUUCUCUAUCUAUGAAUUCUGAAACAGCGUUAGAGCUUGUUAAAAAUGGCGUCACUCUUCUCUUCCUCGAUGUCCCUCUCUACACCCUUCUUGCCAUCGAUACUCAGAUGUUCUCUGUGGGACCUGCUUUUAAAGGUAUUAAGAUGAUUCCUCCUGGCACUCAUUUUGUCUACUAUAGUUCUUCAACAAGAGAUGGAAAGGAGUUUUCACCGAUUAUUGGGUUCUUUAUUGAUGUUGGCCCUUCAGAGGUAAUUGUUCGUAAGUGGGGCCAACAAGAGGAAAGGCUAGUCAAAGUAUCUGAGGAAGAGGACGAAAGAUAUAGCCAGGCUGUUAAAAAUAUGGAAUUUGACCGACAACUUGGGCCUUACAAUCUUAGCCACUUUGAAGAUUGGAAGCGAUUAUCUAAUUUCAUUACAAAGAGCAUCAUCGAGCGGCUUGAGCCCAUCGGAGGAGAAAUCAGUGUUGAAUGUGAAAAUGAUAUGUUUAGAAACACUCCUAAAACAUCAAUGGAGGAAGCACUAGACAAGCAGCUGAAGGUUGGUAGUUCUGCAAAAUCUGGAGGCAAGUUUCAGAGAAAAGGAUGUUAUUAUACCUCCAUUCCACGUGUUGUAAAAUGCAAGGGGAUGAGUGGACAGGAACUUACCUCUUUGAAUCUUGACAAGACACAAUUGCUAGAGACUCUACUGGCAAAAGAUUAUGGAGGUUCUGAAGACUUGCUCCUUGGAGAACUGCAGUUUGCGUUUGUUGCCUUUUUGAUGGGUCAGUCGCUAGAAGCAUUCCUCCAGUGGAAAUCCUUGGUUAGCCUUCUGUUUGGCUGCACUGAAGCACCUUUCAACACACGAACUCGGCUAUUCACCAAGUUCAUUAAAGUCAUCUAUUAUCAACUAAAAUACGGACUACAGAAAGAUCGCACGGAUGAUACAAGACCACCGUUGUUAGAUGAUUCUUGGCUUUCUACUGAUAGCUUUUUGCACUAUCUUUGCAAGGACUUCUUUUCAUUGGUGCUAGAUGGGUCAGUUGUUGAUGGAGAUCUUUUAAAAUGGACAAGGAAAUUUAAGGAGCUGUUAGAGAACAACCUAGGGUGGGAGUUUCCAAAGAACAGUGCUGUUGAUGGUUUGUAUUUUGAGGAGAAUGAUGAGUUUGCUCCUGUAGUUGAGAUGUUAGAUGAUGAAGCUUAUGCAAUUUAGAAAUGUGGAUCAUAUAAUCUCUUGGCUAUUAAAAGGGUGUUUCUGAGGAAUCAAAUCUUGAGCAUCAUGCCACUUUGCAACUUAGACACAAACCAUUCACUCACAUUGUACAAUACAACAUAUGUAAAUCCAUGUUAGCAAAAUGUAGAAAGUACUUCAAAAAAUAUUCAUGCCUAUUUCAAUGUCCAAAAAAAGACCAAUUUUGUAGUGGAUGGGUUGGCCCCGCAUGAUUUUGCCAAAAAUGGCUUAUUUUCUUCUUUCACCCAAUGUCAAGUUUUACCAAAUAUAAUAUAGAUAAUUUUCACAUUGAA